UUCCCGAACAAAGUUGGAAGCGGUGCAAGGCGUGUCUGUAGAUCAUGGGCAUCUUAUCGAUGAUCUAUGUACUACUCCCUUUGUUCCACCUUGAGUCACUAGGAAAGCUAACCACGUUAGCAUGUGGAGUUGUAACAAGCCACAAGCCCGUAGAUAAUAGUGUUCCCUGGAGUGCCUCACUCCAAGCCCAAGGUUGCGUGAAGAAAUGUGGCAAUCUGAGCUUUGACUACCCCUUUGGGAUUGGAUCGAGAUGCUCCCGUGGGCCUGAUUUCAAUCUCUCUUGCAAGGAGACCUCUCACCCCCACAAGCUCUUCUUGCACGACGGCAUCACUGAGGUAAUCGGCAAUAUCAGUGUUAGUAGUGAUAUGAUUGAAUCCAUCACGACUUCCUUCUUCCACACUAUCCCCAUGAAACAUGGUGUCAAAGUGUAUGACUUGUCAUUGAAAUCACCUGGGAGGUCCUUCACCCAUGGGUACACCGUUCUAAACAUCAUAGGUUGUGACCUGGAUGUGUACUGGGUCAACGACAACACCGGCACAACCAGACGCGUCUGCAAAACUGUGUGCCCAGACCUAGGAAUUACAGAGACAGUGGCUAGGAAGAAGUGCAACGGCAUCGGCUGCUGUAGUUUUCCCAUCGAUGACCAUAGCAUCGAUGCUUUUCACCUCAAAUUUUUCACUCGCCAUAGCAAAAUGAACACAGGAGAACGCCCUAACCGGACUUCUCCAUUGUGGGAUAGAAUCAGCAUAACGGACAGUGGCGGUGCCAGUGUUCGUUGGAAUAUAGUGGAUCAACCCAACUGUGCUGCCACGGUGCGAAACAGAACUUCCUACGCCUGUAUUAGUAAACAUGCCGAGUGCGUCGACAGUACAUUUAUGGACUGUUCCAUGGGACGUGAUGAGUGCAUUGACCUCGGCAUGACAUCAAACAAUGGGUACAACUGCAUCUGCAGUGCCGGCUAUACAGGCAACCCCUUCAUUCCAGAUGGCUGCACCAACGACAAAGGAAACUUUAUGUUUUUCCUAGCUAGUCAAAUGAUCAAACAUACAACUGUUAGGUAUUUUGGGAAAUAUAACUUGGAUACGGCUUACCUCUUACUGAUCAUCCUAGGGUAUAAUCCAUCUCCAAGAAGAGCUAAUUGUACACGUUGGUGUGGUAACAUUAGUGUGGAGUUCCCAUUCGGCUUAGAAGAGGGUUGCUUUGCAAGGGAAGAUUUUCACCUCAACUGCUCAGUUACGAGUUCAUCAGCUGUGCUGAUGUUGGCAAAUCUGGAGGUAAAUGACAUAGAUAUUGAUGAAGGGACAAUUAAUGUCACCAAUCCUGAGAAAGAAGAGGGAUUCACCCUGUCUGCCGGAGGACCUGAUCUUUUUAUUUCAUAUGGGACACUAUUCUACCCUAUGCAGUGGGUUGCUGCUAAUCUAAGUUGCGUUGAGGCCCAACAGAAUACAUCUGGAUAUGCUUGUGUGAGUCCCAACGGCAAGUGCUUACAAGUAAACACUACAGACAACUAUGUUGGUUAUCACUGCAAAUGCUCAGAUGGCUUCAAAGGAAAUCCAUAUGUCCAGAGUGGUUGUCAAGAUAUUGAUGAAUGCAUUCAGCCAAACAAUUGUAAGGGGGUCUGCCGUAAUACUGCAGGAAGCUUCUUUUGUACUGGAUGUCCUCGCAAAACUGAGUAUGAUCCAACAAAAAUGCAGUGUACUAGAAGGAAACAACAAACUCUGCUUUUAGGUAUAAUUAUUGGGUUGUCCUGUGGUUUCGGUGUUCUACUUGUAAGCUUCGCUGCAUCAUUUAUCAUUUUUAAAUGGAAAACAAAUGUUCAAAAGCAACUAAGGAGGAGUUAUUUCUGCAAGAACCAAGGUCUUCUCUUAGAAACGUUGAUAUCAUCUGGUGAAACUGCAAACCAGAAUACCAAGAUUUUCUCACUAGAAGAGCUGGAGAAGGCAACAAACAACUUUGAUCAUACACGUAUCAUCGGCCGUGGGGGCCAUGGCAUGGUUUACAAAGGCAUAUUAUCUGAUCAGCGUGUCGUUGCAAUUAAAAAGUCUAAGAUCAUUGAGCAGAGUGAGAUCAAUCAAUUCAUCAAUGAGGUCGCAGUCCUCUCUCAGAUUAUUCACAGAAACAUUGUGAAGCUCUUUGGAUGUUGUCUUGAAACUGAGGUCCCACUGCUGGUCUAUGAUUUUGUAUCCAGUGGCUCACUGUUUGAAGUUCUUCAUGCAGAUGGAAGUGGUGGUUUUUCUUUAUCUUGGGGUGAUUACUUAAGGAUUGCCCUGGAAACAGCAGGAGCUCUAUCUUACCUCCACUUUUCAGCUUCAAUAUCAAUCUUCCAUCGUGACGUCAAGUCCUCAAAUAUACUCUUGGAUGGGAACUACACAGCUAAAGUGGCAGAUUUCGGUGCAUCAAGAUUGGUUCCGAUUGAUCAAACACAUAUUGUCACGAAUGUGCAAGGUACAUUUGGGUACUUAGACCCAGAGUAUUUCCAUACAAGGCAGCUGAACGGGAAGAGCGACGUGUAUAGUUUUGGUGUGGUACUAGUGGAGAUGCUUCUCAGAACGAAGCCUGUUUUCACAAGUGAAUCAGGCACAAUCAAGAGCUUGUCAAACUAUUUCCUCCAGGAGUUUAAAGAGGGAAGAAUCACAGAUAUCGCUAAUUCUCAGGUGCUCGAGGAAGCAACCGAAGAAGAGAUCAACACUAUCGCCUCUCUUGCAGAGUGGUGCUUGAGGCUACGUGGCGAAGAAAGACCCACCAUGAAACAGGUCGAGAAACAACUGCAGACCCUGCUAACAAAACGGAUGAACUCAUCUCCGACAGAUCUGUGGAAUAAAGGACAUAUGCAACGAAGGUUGUUAACUCGAAGGACUAGAUCUGCCCGGCAAUCGCCCUUACCGUUAGUAGGUAGCCAACGGCGCUAUAGUUUGGAGGCAGAGUUCAUGUCAUCUGCUAGCAUACCACGCUAGCUGUGAUUGUUGAGUUCAUAAUAGUGGAUAAUUUCUUUCCAUAUUUUGUGAACUGUU